AUGCCUGCGAGGGAGCUGCUGGUGGUGGUGGCAGCACUGAUGAUUUUCAUUGCUGCUGAUGGAGCAGAGCUGAAUGAAAGAAAUGGCCUGAGAAGGCCGGUGUGUGGAGACAUGGUCGAGCUGCAGGCCUGCCCCCUUCUGUACUUGCCUGUCUGUGGGACUGACGGGAACACCUAUGCCAGUGAAUGCCAGCUCUGUGUGCAGCAAAUGAAAACCAAGCAAGACAUCUGGAUUUUGAAAGAUGGAGAGUGUCAAGAUAUCUGAGCUUUCUGGUAGCAUUCCUGAGCCUAGAAACAGGUGAUUAAUUAAUCCUGUGUGCUCUGUUCUGAUUGUAUAUUAAAGUUAGAGACA